UGCGAGCUCACUCGGCCACCGAGCCACGUGAACCUGGCAGGCAAAUUCGAAAAGCGCAGUCUGCAUCAUGGCUCUCAGUAGGAUGGUCGCAACGCGGUGUCUACUGCUCAUUAGGAACGGUUCGGCUCUAACAAGUGUCCUUGGUGCGAACAAGCUUGCCGCUGAUGUGCUGACGACGAAUCAGUUCCGAUGGAUCAGUGCCAGCUCCAGGGCCGGGGAAAAGUUGGCAACGGCAAAAGUACAGGUCCAGAAGCACGAUUGGAACCGGGCCGUUAGCGAGGCGGAACAGAUCGUCGGUUAUCCGACGUCGUUUCUGAAUCUACGGUUUCUGCUCAGCGACGAAAUUGCCAAUGUGGCGCUUCAUCUGCGCAAGUUGAUCGGGAGUAAUCAUCCGUUGCUCAAGUCUGCCAAGUCUCUGAUCUACAACGACAAAAGCCAGCAGGCAUGGGGGCUGAUCAUAUUGCUAAUUUCCAAGGCAGCUGGGCAUACGGCUUCCGUGCCGGAGAUGGAUCAGGAUCGCAGCGUAGGAGUACUGCACUCGCAACGAGCCCUGGCCGAAGUAACCGAAAUGAUCCGCAGUUCCCAGUUGAUCCAUCAGGGCGUAAUCAACCUGCAAUCGAUGGACAAUGCCGGGAAUGAUCUGAGCGGGGACAGUGAUAUGGUUUUCGGGAACAAGAUUGCACUGCUGGGAGGGGACUACCUGCUGGCGCAUGCCAGUAAGCAAAUUGCUUCCCUAAGGAAUCAAGAUUUGAACAUGCUGAUGACAUCCGCCUACCGGGACUUGGCAGAGUCCGCGUUCAUAGGCGAAAGUGACGAUCAAAACAAUCCGCUACCAUCGAAGCCGAAUACACCAGCCCGGACAAACACCCCGGAAUGUACACUGCAAGAGCUGGACUUUGGAGACGUGCGAGACAACAUGGAGCCGAUGCUGAUCGACGGAGUCAUGGGACACCCGGAGAAAGAAUGGUCUCUCAGACACGUUCUGGGCGGUGGAAGCCUUCUGGGUAAAAGUUGCCACGGAGCUUUGAUGUUGGCAGGACAUCCGGAUGAGCUGCAAAAGCAAGGCUAUCUUUUCGGAAAGCACAUGUCCCUGGCCUGGCAGGCCUCGAUCGAGCUGCAACCGUUCCUGCUCAAUCAGCUUCCACUAGGAAACACAUUCAGUUUGGUGUCCGCGCCGGUCCUGUUCCACUUGGAGUACGAUCCAAGCGUCUACGAAUUUAUCGAACAGGGCAAGAUCUCAAUUGAGGACGUGGACUAUGCGGCUCUCCAUCAGGAAAUCAUCCAGGGACCAGGGCUGGAGAAGACGAGAAACCUUCAGAAGAAGCACAGUAUGGCAGCAAUGAACGUGUUGGACCGGUUUCCCACCACCGAUGCCCAAACCGCUCUGCAGAAUAUCAUUCUGGCCAUGCAGCAGCUGUGAGAUUAUAAACUUUUGAAUUUAGCUUAGCGAUAUAUACGUGCAUAUUUCGCGAAUCU